AUGGACCAUUUACUCGUGCCAAAACACCCUGCGCGUCCCGCACCAAAAGUCCGCUACUACUGCCGCCAAGAGUAUGAUGGGGGCGAUUUUCUCACUUAUCCGGAACGCAUGGGCUGGAUCGACGACGGUGACACAUGGCUGGAUCUCAGCGAUUCGCACGACGUAGACGAAGCGUCGGCCUUCCUUCAACAAUGGCUGUUUUUCGGGCUGCUGCACGAGUUCUUCGGGGAACUCGCCGACUUUUCGGCUUUCAUCGAGACGGACAGCAGCUCUGGCAUCGUGUAUGUUCAUACAAGAGAACUGUUGCCAAUGGCUCGGGCGUGGCUGGAAAGAGAGCGAGCCGAGAAAAGACUGGCCCUCCAGGGAGCCAGGCUCAAACAAUGCCUGAAGAAGACGUACAGCAUCUACCACGCCGUCACGGACGAGCAGGACGAGUUCCUGGAUCCCUAUCUCCAACUCUCUCUGGUCGCUACAUCGCGGUUCCUGACCCACGUAGCAAGCCUGCUGUAUCCCGACGAGUUCCCCCAGGCGCCUUGGACACUGCCAUGCGUGAAGUUCGACGAGGGCCGUCUCGCCAACGCCAAAGACGUCAACAACGACAUGGACAUCCUCGGCGUGGAGAUGGUCCAAUCCGGGUGGUGCCCACGCCAAGUCGGCAUCGCCGAGCGCUGCUCCUUCGAGACGUACUACUUCUGCUCGCGCCUCCGCAUGGGGCGGCCGCCCGACGCCCCCCGCCACGACUCCUGCACCCAGCUGCAAUGCCUCGCCCUGCAAGUCGAAAGCGGCACCUACGCCACCAAGCACGUCCGCCCCGGCUGCUCGUGCCCCUGGCUCUCGCCCUCCACCGACGCCGUGUGCGCCAUCCUCCGCGCCGGCCGCAUCCCCCUCGUCGCCUUCGACCCCUCCACCGACACCCUCGCCCUCUCCUCCACCACCACGACGACAAGUCCUCCUCCUCCCCGCUACACCGCCCUCUCCCACAUCUGGUCCGACGGCCUCGGCAACCCAUCCGCCAACGCCCUCCCGCGCUGCCAACUCCGCCGCAUCGCCGCCGUCGUCGCAUCGACGACAUCCGGCAGCCAACAUGAACCCCCGCCGCCACGUCCGCAGCAACAACAGCAACACUGGUUCUGGCUCGACACCCUCCUCUGCCCCGUCGGCGGCCCUGACGCCCGCGACGCCCGCCUCCUCGCCAUCCAGCGCAUGCGCCAGACCUACGCGCUGUCCGCCCGCGUCCUCGUCCUCGCCGCCGACCUGCAGGCGACCAGCACCAGUACUGCCAGUAUCGGUACCAGCACCAGCGCCGCUGCCGGUCCCGCGGGCGACGACGACUCCGCCGAGGCACUGCUGCCCGUCAUGGACAAGCUGUACCUGACGGCGCUGUCCAACUGGACGAGUCGGCUGUGGACGCUGCAGGAAGGCGCACUGGGGCGCGGGCCGCUGGACGUGCUGUUCGGGGAUGGGGUGGUGUGGGGGUUUGAUGAUGAUGUCGACGGGGAGGCGGGGGAUCUAGGCGGCGAGGCGGAUGCGUGGGGGCUGGGGCGGGUGGACGCGGUGGAUUGGGGGUACAUGGUCGGGCUGGUGAGGGGGGACGUCGACAUGGGCGAGCUGCAGGCGGGGCAGCCCGUCGUCGUCGACACGACGCCGCGGCGCUUCUCGCUGCGGCACGCCUCGGUCGCGGUGGCGCGGCGGGCGACGAGCGUGAGGGAGGACGAGGCGCUGUGCUUGGGCAGCUUGCUGGAGGCGGACAUGCGGGCCAUCACGCGGGCGCCGCGGCGCGACCGCAUGAAGGCGCUGUGGGCGUCGCUGCCGGUCGUGCCGCGGGAGGUGCUGUUCCUGCGGGAGGCGACCAUGGGCGAGGCCGGGUGGCGGUGGGCGCCGCGGUCGUUCUUGGGCGUCCCCAAUGCCGGGAACGGCGUGGUUUUGGGGACCGAGGGGACGGCCCGGGUGACGGCGGAGGGGCUGCGGACGGUGGCGCAUGGUUUUGACUUGGACGGGCUGGUGUGCCCGCUGAGACGGGGGGUUUUGAGGCUGAGGGAGAAAGGGAGUGGGGCGGUGUAUUCGUUGAUUAAGCAGGCGCCGCUGCUGAGAGGUGGGGCGGAACAGUUCGAGCAGGCUUGGACUGUUCCGGAUGGAGAGUUUAUGCGAAUUGCGUUGGUGGUUGAGGAUCGGGAGAUCGGGCGGGGUGGCAAGUAUUGUUGCAUGGUUUUUGUAUGGAAAGAGGAGGACGAGGUGGCGUAUGCGCGUCGGGGAGAUGCUGGAUUCAUCACCAGCAGAGACGUUGCUGUGGAUUGGGAGAGUGACGGGUCGAGCGAUGAGGAAGCAGAAGCCUGCUUUGAGGAUCCCUGGAGCAAUGACAUCUACGCUGAGGUGACGGGGACGUUGCAGAAAGAACCGCAGGCUUGGUGUAUUGAUUGA